GCCUCUUGGUCUUUAGCAGGACAAAGGGUCGUGACGAGUCAGCUGAUCUGGGUUUUCAUUGCCCUUUAAUCCAACAUUCUCGAUUUUGAUCACACAUUCGUGAACUCGAUAAAUACUUCUGGUGCAUUAAUGUGCCGGCUGCCUAUAAAUUCUGGUGCUUGGCUGCAGCACUUCCAGUGGCAUAAGCAAACUCUGGUGCAACUGGGAGCAGCUCAACCACUUUUCAUGAUGGCUUCAGACCACCAAGCAUCAAAACAGCAGCAAGCCAGUUCCAAGAUUGUCGUCUUCGAGCAGGAGAAUUUCCAGGGUCGCUGCCAUGAGCUGAAUGCGGCUUGUCCCAAUUUGAAGGAGGUUGGGCUAGAGAAAGUGGGCUCCAUCCUGGUGCAUUCAGGCCCAUGGGUUGGCUAUGAGCAGGUGAACUGCAAAGGGGAGCAAUUUGUCUUUGAGAAAGGAGAAUAUCCCCGCUGGGACUCGUGGACCAACAGCCGGAGGAGCGACAGCAUCUCUGCCUUGAGGCCCAUCAAAGUGGACAGCCAGGAGCACAAGAUCGUCCUCUAUGAGAACCCCAGCUUCACUGGAAAGAAGAUAGAGAUCAUCGAUGAUGACGUGCCCAGUUUCCAUGCCCAUGGCUACCAGGAGAAGGUGUCCUCUGUGCGCGUCCAGAGUGGCACAUGGGUGGGAUACCAGUAUCCUGGCUACCGAGGCUACCAAUACCUCUUUGAGAAGGGGGACUAUAAGGACAGCGCUGAGUUUGGUGCUCAGCAGCCCCAGAUCCAGUCGGUGCGGCGAAUCCGGGACAUGCAGUGGCAUCAGAGGGGGGCCUUCCAUCCUGCCAGCUAAGCCUCCCACUCCCCUUCGCUGCUGCCUCCAGACUGGGGGGGGGGGAGGUGAGAGAGUGCUCUGAGAGAGCCAGCAAGGGCCCUGACCUGGUCAUCUACCCCCCCACCAGCUGGGGCCGCCUCUUCUGCACGCUCAUGUGUGUGAGUAACUGUUCUUGCUACUGCUGUCAUCACCAUGGAAUCACCUGAAUAAAGCUUUGCCAUUCGAA